ACCUGUAUUAUUAUGAAAUGUAUUUGGGGUUUUCCUUCCUCGUUGGGACCAGGAAGUUGAUUGAGCACCUGAAUUCAUCGAAUUGUACGGGUUAAAUUUCAAUAUUAAACUUAUCUCUAUAGCUUAUCCGUGCAGUAAGUAAUAUUUCAGACCUUCUAAAACAGACGUACUUGCCUCUCGUGCAACAUGGCGGAUACGGACUACUUUAUGAUCGCGGCGAUCGACUUCGGUACGACAUACUCUGGGUAUGCCUUCCAGCUCACGAGUGAGUAUGACCCCAAAAACCCGACCAAGAAAAUUCUGUGUCCCCAAGCCUGGAACGAGGGGCCAACGAAACUGACGUCCAUGAAGACCCCUUCGUGCCUGUUGCUUGACAACAACAAGGAUUUGGAUUGCUUCGGCUACAUGGCGGAGGACAAGUACGCAGAUCUCUGCAUGGACGGCGACAACCACAACUUCUACUUCUUCCGGCGCUUCAAGAUGGAGCUACAUGACACCCAGGGCCUGAAUAAGAACACGGAGAUUGCGGACAUGAUCGGACGGAAGUUGCCUGCGCUGCUGGUGUUUAGCAAGUCCAUCGAGGCGCUCAAGGUCCACCUGUUCCAGCUGCUAGAGAAACAAAAUGUGCACGUGAAAAUCACAGAGGUGAAGUGGGUGCUCACAGUGCCCGCCAUCUGGGACGACAUGGCCAAGGGCUUCAUGAGGGAGGCAGCGGAAAGGGCGGGGAUACCAACGGCCCACCUGACGAUUGCCCUGGAACCGGAGGCGGCGUCCCUGUUUUGCCAGUACCUUCCCGUAGAGAAAUUCAGUGUUGGGGGAACUUCCGGUUUCUCGGAUGCCAAGCCGGGAACAACAUACAUGAUCGUCGACCUCGGAGGUGGGACGGCGGACAUCACCGUGCACGAGAAGGUGUCUUCCGGGAAGCUAAAAGAAGUUCACCGGGCCAGCGGCGGUCCUUGGGGAGGCACCUUUGUCGACUCCGAGUUCAUUACGCUACUAAGCAACAUCGUUGGAGGACCCGUGUUUGCCGCUUUCAUGAAGCAGCAGAGAUACGAUUAUCUCGAGCUGAUGCGAGAGUUCGAGUCGGUCAAGCGGAAUGUGGGGCUGAAUUCCACAGACGCAGUCAAGAUGAAAAUCCCUGUCAGCCUCAGCGAAACCUGCGAGAAGGUUGUCCACAAAGAUUUCAAAGAACUCGUGAAAAUAGCCCGUAAAGAUAAACAUAUCACGUUCGUCGGCGACAAGGCGAAGUUUGAUGCAAAUUUGAUGAAGGGGCUGUUUAAGAAAGCAACGGAUAAAAUCGUGCACCACAUCAAGAACAUCUUGACGAAGGAGGUGUGCGGCCGAAGGGUGUCCCUCAUCCUGAUGGUUGGCGGUUUCUCGGAGUCUGCGUACAUCCAGGACGUCGUUAAGUCUGAGUUCCACGACAAAGGGGGGAAGAAGGUGCUUAUCCCGAAGGACGCCGGCAUCUCGGUGGUGCAAGGUGCUGUGGUGUAUGGCCGCCAGCCAGGUAACAUCACCUCCAGGGUUUUGCGCUACUCCUACGGCGUGGCCGUCAGUCCGGAAUUUGUACAGGGCCAACACGAACCUAGCCGGCUCCAGACAAUAGCUGGAGUCGACCGAUGCAGCGAUGUUUUCUCGAAGUUCAUGGACAUUGGCACAAAUGUUAACUGUGGUUUCCAAAAACAUGAGGGUUAUAAAACAAUAGAUCCACAUGCAACCUGUUGCACUUUUAAAAUAUACACCGCCGACGAUUCGAACUCGACUCCAGCGUACACGGACGAGAGCGGAUGUCGGUUCCUAGGAAGCCUUGACGUCAAAUAUCCCCAGGGGAACGAGAUCCGCGACAUUUCCGUGGAUUAUAUCUUCGGAGACACGGAACUACACAUUAAGGCGACCGACGUCAAGUCCAAGACACCGUGUGAAGCCAAGCUGCGAAUGUUUGAGUAGAAGCAGGGAAAGCCCGGGAUUAGUGGAAUACUGCCCACUAUCUAUGAAAACAAGGAGUACAAACAAGGAGCGUACUUUGGUGGUCCUAUUUCGUAAAAUGUUCACUUGUAGUUGUUUGUAUUUCUGUGUUUUAUAUGUAUAAACAUUUGAGUGCGACGGACAAUGUUAUAACAGAUGUAUAAUAUGUAUGCGACAUUUUCAUAUAAUAUUGAUGAACAUGCAGAUGUUAACCAAACAACUGUAUUUCUGUUUUUUAUAUAAACAUUUGCGUGCAAAUCACUGGCGACAAACAAUAUUAUACAGAUGUAUUAAAUGUGUGUGACAGUUCUGCUCUUAUAUACCAUAUUAUAUUGAUGAACAUGUAGAUGUAUACCAAAAAAACUGUGAUUAUUAAAAAAUUCUAAGAGA